UCACCCAAUAAGAUUAAGAAAUUGAUGUACAUUUGAUAGCCCGUGAGCAUAGCGUAGGACGUCGGUGGCUGCGGGUUGGGUCAAGGUAGAAGACUUCGUGGACGAAUUUCAGUGAGGAAAUUAAUCAUGGAGUACUGAAACGAAUUGGACUUGCAGGACUCCCUGGCUAAAAUAUACUGUCCUGGGUUUCGUGGCUUCUGCAUUCAAGCCUCCUGGGAAGAGGCGGAUGGUGACAGGCAGCGGCAGCUGGGAAGAGGAGGCUCUUGGGUUGGCUCCGCCUGUCCAGCAGGGUCUCAGCAGGGUCUCAAAAUUGUUUGCUCGGGCUGGGAGCGCUGGAGGCUUCGCGACGUGAUCGGCUGCAGCAGCCAUGGUAAGGCAACCAGCCAAGACCCUGUGGUAUGAUCGUCCACGAUAUGUAUUCCUUGAGUUCUGUGUAGAGGACAGCACGGAUGUGAAAGUGGAUCUGGAUGAUUACAAGGUGGUGUUCAGCUGUAAGAAUGCUGAUGGCAUAGAAAUGUACAAUGAGAUUCAAUUUUAUAAACGUGUGAAUUCAAAGGAUUCCCAGAACAAGCGCUCGGGCAGAUCCAUCACCCUCUUUGUGCGCAAGUGGAAGGAUAAAGAGCCUUGGCCACGUCUCACCAAGGAAGAUGUAAAACCAGCAUGGCUGUUUGUGGACUUUGAUAACUGGCGGGACUGGGAAGGAGAUGAGGAGGUGGAGGCAGCCAUGGCUGAGCAGUAUGCAGAGCUUAUGCAAAAGGUCACCACAAAAGGGCCACCCCCUACCAUGGAUGAUCUGGAUUUUAGUACACAAGUGGUUUCCUGCUGCCCGGCAGAAUUAUCCACAGAAACUGGUGGAAAGAAGCAUACUCUGUGUGGAUUCUAUGUCAUCUUGGAAGACACAAUCCUUUUCCCAGAGGGAGGAGGGCAGCCUGAUGACCAGGGACUCAUUAAUGACAUCCCAGUGCUUAGAGUCAUUCGACAAGGCCCAGAUGCUCUGCAUUUCAUCCAGACACCCCUUGAACCUGGGAGCACAGUACAAGUAGUGCUGAACUGGGAUCGGCGGUAUGACCACAUGCAGCAGCAUUCAGGACAGCAUCUUAUCACAGCACUUGCAGAUCUGAUGUUUGGAUUCAAGACAACAUCAUGGGAGCUGGGUCGCCAACGAAGCACUAUUGAGCUGGACACCACUGCCAUGACAGCAGAACAGGUGGCGGCCCUUGAGCAGAGUGUGAAUGAGAAAAUCCGAGCGCACAUCCCUGUGGUGGUGAAAGAGCUGGAGGUGGAUGACCCUGACAUCAAGCUGGUGAGGAGCCGUGGCCUGCCAGAUGAUCACACUGGUCCGGUCCGGAUAAUAAGCAUUGAGGGCAUUGAUGCCAAUAUGUGCUGUGGCACACAUGUCUCCAACCUCAGUGACCUACAGGUAAUUAAACUCUUAGGCACUGAAAAGGGGAAAAAGAACAAGAUCAACCUAGUUUUCCUUGCUGGGAACCGAGUGCUGAAAGCUCUGGAGCGAAGCUAUGCCACUGAGAAGGCCAUGACGUCACUGCUUAAGAAUGGCCCAGAAGAGCAUGUGGAAGCUGUAAAAAGGCUACAGAACUCUCUGAAGCAACUUCAGAAGAGCAACUUGAACUUACUGAGAGAUCUGGCUGUCCUAACUGCUCAGAAGCUCAAAAGUAACCUGGCUCAGGAACGAGUAUUUGUGUUACACAGGAAAGACGGUGAUUCUGAAUUCAUGAACAUCAUUGCAAAUGAGAUUGGCACUGAGGAAACCCUCCUUUUCCUUUCUGUGGGAGAUGAAAAAGCAUCUGGACUCUUUUUGCUUACAGGCCCUCCAGAAGCAGUGGAGGAGCUAGGCCCCAGGGUUGCUGAACUGCUGGAAGGAAAAGGUGCAGGGAAGAAUGGCCGUUACCAGGGCAAAGCCAAACGGAUGAGCCAACGGGCAGAGGUGGAGGCCCUUUUAUGGAAGUUUACCAACGAACAGAGAAGGGAGCAGUAAUUGAGAUGAAAGACUGGACAAAGGGGUGAUAAAGAUAAUGGGAGAAAGGGUUCAGCCACAGUUGCUCUGUGAGGACUGUAGUGUAAUAUAAUAGAAUCUCUUGCUUUCCACGUGGCGGUGCCAGCAGGCAGAGAAGACAGUCAGCGGUCUGAUUUGGCACACGUAGCAUGAGAAGCCAGAGUUCUUGUAAGGAUAAAUGUGUAAGAGUGAGGUACGCAGUACUGAGAAAGUACACUUGGAAGUCGUGCUGCUUUCUCAAGAAGCAACUUCCUCCUUAAUUCAAGCAGUGCUGAGAAGAAGCCACAGAAAGCACUCAGUGGCAAUCCCUGUGGCUUUGUGUUGUUCCAAAGUAAACGUCGCAGUGUCUGUGAGUAUCCCUUAACUGCCUCAGCUGCGGCUUUACAAACUGUCCAGGGUGUUCCAUUUAGGGUGGGACUUAAAGGGCAUUCAGUCUAAGCACCUGUGUUGGUACCUUAGCAUCGGAAAAGCUGCCUGACCAAUUCUUCCACCUUGAAUGAAGUCCAGUCAACAUGAUAUGCCAAGAAUGCUGCAUAGCAUGCUAAGCAUGCUUAUUGGGAAGUUGAAUCUCAUUGAGGGCUGCCGCACACACUGCAAGUAGCAUAGGAACGAGAAACAGCAUAUAGGAGGGAAAUGUGUGCAUUGUACAAAUAUCACUGCUACUGCUGGCCAGCGUUCCCCAGUUCAUGUACAAGUUAUUGAAUACAUGAGUUAUCUCUUUCA